AGUGGGAGUUUCGUCAGUUUUAAACCGUCCAAACCACUGAGAAAGAAAUGAUGCUUUGGGGUUCAAAGGCGGCCUCUUUUUAACAUCCAAUCCUAGUUGUUUAUCUCCUACACUCUCUCAAUUUAUCUCUUGCAAAUCGAUCUCCAGAGAGGAAGAUAUUGAACAAUGGAGAUUUUCUACUUCAUGGUAUUUGGUUGCCUAGCGGCCGUGGUGGCAGCGCUUGAGCUCAGCAAAGCAAACCGAGAUCGUAUUAAUACAUCUCCUGCUUUCAAUGCCUUCAAGAACAAUUACCUAGUUGUUUAUUCCCUCAUGAUGGCUGGGGAUUGGUUGCAGGGUCCAUAUGUGUACUACUUGUACAGUCAGUAUGGGUUUGGAAAGGGAGAGAUUGGCCAGCUCUUUAUUGCUGGCUUUGGAUCUUCUAUGCUAUUUGGGACAAUUGUUGGUUCUCUUGCUGAUAAGCAGGGUCGAAGGAGAGCAUGUGUUACUUACUGCAUAACUUACAUUCUGAGCUGCAUCACCAAGCAUUCUCCUGAGUACAAAGUCUUAAUGUUGGGACGUGUAUUGGGAGGCAUUGCCACUUCUCUACUUUUUUCAGCAUUUGAGUCUUGGCUUGUUGCAGAACACUUUAAGAGGGGUUUUGACCAACAAUGGUUGUCAAUGACAUUCUCAAAAGCAAUAUUUCUUGGCAAUGGUUUAGUUGCCAUUAUGUCUGGGUUGUUCGGUAAUCUUCUACUAGUGGAUAACUUGGGCCUUGGUCCUGUUUCUCCAUUUGAUGCUGCUGCUUGCUUUCUUGCAAUUGGUAUGGCUAUCAUAGUGUCAACAUGGACUGAAAAUUAUGGAGACACUUCAGAAAAUAAGGACUUGCUUGCCCAAUUCAAGGUUGCUGCUGUAGCCAUUGCUUCUGAUGAGAAAAUUGCAUUGUUGGGUGCCAUACAGUCCCUAUUCGAAGGUUCAAUGUACACCUUUGUGUUCCUUUGGACUCCUGCUCUAAGCCCAAACAGUGAGGACAUUCCUCAUGGUUUCAUUUUUGCAACAUUCAUGCUGGCUUCGAUGUUGGGAAGCUCCAUUGCAUCUCGACUGCUGGCUUGCUCAUCCCCCAAAGUUGAGAGCUAUAUGCAGAUUGUUUUUGUAAUAUCUGCAGCUUCACUUCUGCUUCCUGUUAUGACAAGUUUCUUGGUAGUUGCAAAUGGGGAGAAAGGUGGAGGCAUCUCAUUUUCAGGGUGUAUCCAGCUUCUUGGCUUCUGCACUUUUGAGUCAUGUGUGGGUAUUUUCUGGCCAUCUAUCAUGAAGAUGAGGUCCCAAUAUAUUCCUGAGGAGGCUAGAAGCACCAUCAUGAAUUUCUUCCGCAUUCCUCUCAACAUAUUUGUUUGUGUUGUGUUGUACAAUGUUGAUGCCUUUCCCAUUAUUGUCAUGUUUGGCAUGUGCUCCAUUUUCCUAUUUGUGGCAUCUCUUUUGCAGAGACGGCUUCUGGUUAUUGCAGAAAGCCAAAAAUCAAGAUCACAAGAUUGGACAGUAAUGAGAGAGAUGGAAGCAGAGCCAUUAAAUGCUUGAUUGAUUUUAGAGGAAAAAACCUCCGGGAUUUUUUUGAACAUUGUGAGCAGCCGCCUUGCUCCUUAUGUGCUGCUGGAGCUGCAACUUGGUUAGCUGUUUGUGAUCCAACCAAUAACAGAUGAAGUCGUACUUGAUAAGAGCAGGUGGAGGAUUUUAUGUGGGCAAAGAGGCAGUUGACAGUAAAGAAAUAAGUUUUAGGUUCAUAGAUUGAUGAAAAUCAUUGCUUUUAAAUCUUUUUGACUGGUGCUAUUGUAAUCUGGUGUUGCACUAGUGCUGGAUAAUGCUAGAAAUUUUUUGUUAUCUUAAAAAUGAAAAUAAAGCUUUUCAUAUUUUGUUA